AUGCCUGUGGUGUGGCCAACUCUUCUGGAUCUCAGCAGGGAUGAGUGCAAGAGGAUCCUUCGCAAACUGGAACUGGAGGCGUAUGCAGGUGUCAUCAGUGCCUUACGUGCACAGGGAGACCUUACGAAGGAGAAGAAGGAUCUUCUUGGAGAACUCUCUAAAGUGCUUAGUAUUUCAACCGAGCGACAUCGCGCUGAAGUUCGGAGAGCAGUGAAUGAUGAACGACUAACGACCAUUGCACACAAUAUGUCUGGACCAAACAGCUCUUCUGAGUGGUCUAUAGAAGGUCGUCGGCUGGUGCCGCUGAUGCCGCGGCUGGUUCCACAAACGGCUUUCACAGUUACCGCCAACGCUGUUGCCAAUGCAGCUGUUCAGCACAACUCAUCUCUUCCAGUUCCUGCAGAAACUGGAAACAAGGAAGUGGUGGUUUGCUAUUCCUACACAAGUACCACUUCAACCCCAACAUCUACCCCUGUUCCAAGUGGCAGUGUAGCAACAGUGAAGUCCCCCAGACCUGCCAGUCCAGCCUCCAAUGUAGUCGUCUUGCCAAGUGGAAGUACUGUUUACGUCAAAAGUGUCAGCUGCUCAGAUGAUGAUGAAAAGCCCCGCAAAAGACGGCGAACGAAUUCUUCUAGUUCUUCCCCCGUUCUCCUGAAAGAAGUCCCAAAGGCAGUGACUCCUGUCACUAAAACUAUCACAGUGCCUGUAAGUGGCAGCCCCAAGAUGAGUAAUAUCAUGCAGAGCAUUGCCAACUCCUUGCCACCACACAUGUCGCCUGUGAAAAUAACCUUCACUAAGCCCUCAACACAGACAACAAACACGACAACACAGAAGGUGAUCAUAGUAACCACCUCUCCAAGCUCAACUUUUGUACCCAACAUCCUUUCCAAGUCCCACAACUAUGCAGCUGUUACGAAACUUGUCCCAACAUCAGUCAUUGCCUCAACUACUCAAAAGCAACCAGUGGUUAUUACUGCUUCUCAGUCCUCUUUGGUCAGUAGCAGCAGCAGUAGCUGUUCCACUGCCUCCUGCACUGCAAAUACUAUUGCUGUGACUGCUGUGGUAUCAUCAACACCAUCAGUGGUUAUGUCAACUGUAGCACAAGGUGUGUCUACAUCAGCAAUUAAAGUUGCCUCUACCAGACUACCUUCCCCAAAAGGUUUGGUUGGCAAUCCAACCCAGAUCUUAGCACAGUUUCCCAAACAGCAUCAACAGUCCCCCAAACAGCAGCUGCACCAAAUACAACAGGCCCAGCAGCAACAACAACAACAGCAGCAGCAGCAACAACAGCUGGUGCCAUCUUCUGUAGCGCAACAGCAACAGCCACAACAGUCUCAGUUACCAGCUGGCAUCAAGCCCACCAUUCAGAUCAAACAGGAAUCAGGUGUUAAAAUAAUCACUCAACAGGUGCAGCCCAGUAAAAUCCUUCCCAAACCAGUUACAGCGACCUUGCCCAGCAGUAGCAAUUCACCUAUUAUGGUGGUUAGCAGUAAUGGGACUAUCAUGACAACUAAACUGGUCACUACUCCCACUGGAACCCAAGCAACAUAUACACGACCAGCAGUGAGCCCCUCGAUAGGGGCUCGGGUGGCUGGAACUCCAGGGGCUGCUACUUAUGUGAAAACUACAAGUGGUAGCAUCAUCACUGUAGUACCCAAAUCACUGGCUACUCUGGGAGGGAAGAUUAUCAGCAGUAAUAUUGUUUCUGGAACUACAACCAAAAUCACUACCAUUCCAAUGACAUCCAAACCCAAUGUGAUUGUUGUGCAAAAGACUACUGGAAAAGGAACUACAAUUCAAGGGCUUCCAGGCAAAAAUGUUGUCACAACGCUGUUGAAUGCUGGGGGGGAGAAAACAAUUCAGGCAGUGCCAGCAGGAGCAAAACCUGCUAUCAUCACUGCCACAAGACCCAUCACAAAAAUGAUUGUUACACAGCCAAAAGGAAUAGGGUCCACGGUCCAGCCAGCCACCAAAAUCAUCCCAACUAAAAUUGUUUAUGGUCAGCAAGGGAAAACGCAGGUUCUCAUAAAACCAAAGCCAGUGACAUUUCAAGCAACAGUUGUGAGUGAACAAACCAGGCAGUUGGUGACAGAAACGUUACAGCAGGCAUCAAGGGUAGCAGAGACAGGAAAUUCAUCUCUCCCAGAAGUCAAAGAAGAACCACAAACCUACACUGAGAGCAGCUCUUCCUCUACAGAGUCCUCCCAGAGUUCCCAAGAUUCUCAGCCUGUAGUUCAUGUGAUUGCUUCAAGGAGUCAAGACUGGUCAGAACAUGAAAUUGCUGUGGACACAAGCCCGACGAUAAUUUACCAGGAUGUAUCCAGUGAAUCUCAGUCAGCUACUUCCACCAUAAAAGCUUUGCUGGAACUUCAGCAGACAACAGUGAAGGAAAAGUUAGAAUCCAAGCCAAGGCAGCCAACCAUUGACUUGAGCCAAAUGGCUGUCCCAAUCCAGAUGGCCCAGGAAAAGAGGCAUUCUCCAGAAAGUCCUUCCAUUGCUGUAGUAGAGUCGGAAUUAGUUGCUGAAUAUAUCACAACUGUCAGUCAUAGGUCCCAGCCCCACCAGCAGUCAUCUCAACCCCAGAGGACUCUGCUGCAGCACGUGGCUCAGUCGCAGACAGCAACACAGACUUCAGUCGUGGUGAAAUCUAUCCCUGCAUCCUCCACAGGCUCCAUUACCCAUAUCAUGCAGCAGGCCUUAAGCAGUCACACUGCAUUUACCAAACACAGUGAACAACUUGGAACUGAGGAAGGAGAAGUGGAAGAGAUGGACACCUUAGAUCCUCAGACCGGCCUGUUUUACAGAUCUGCCCUGACACAAUCACAGGCACAAAAACAGCAAAAACUGAGUCAGCCACAGCUGGAACAGACUCAACUGCAAGUGAAAACCCUGCAGUGUUUCCAGACCAAGCAGAAGCAGACAAUCCACCUGCAGGCCGAUCAAAUCCAGCACAAACUCCCACAAAUGCCCCAGCUUUCUAUAAGGCAUCAAAAGCUAACCCCCCUGCAGCAAGAGCAAGCACAGACCAAACCAGAUGCACAGCACCCCCCCCACCACAUGAUGGCCAAAGAAAGGCAACUCCCUACCUUAGUGGCCCAGCCACAGCAAACUGUAGUACAGGUGCUUGCAGUAAAAACCACGCAGCAGCUGCCCAAACUGCAACAGGCACCAACGGCACAAAAAAUCUACGUGCAACCCCAACCCCCCCAGAGUCAAAUGCAGCUACCUGCCUCUUCAGAGAAACAGCCAGCAAGCCAGGUGCAGCCUCCAAUUACAACGCAAAGAUCCAGUGUUACAAAGAUAACUUUGGAGGGGCAUCAGCCUCCUUCUGUUUCCAAGGUAGCAGGUGACAGUUCUGUGCCCAAACUGGCGUUGCCGGUUACCAGCCUGUUUCCCACGCAGGCACCCGCGAAGACAGCGGUAGCAGAUAUGUUGAGAGUGUCUAUGGUGGAAGCUCAGAGUGACCCAAACGUAGGACACAUGGUAGUGGAGCCCCCCAACAAGGCCAUGUCCACUAGUAACCUGGCUAGCCAAGCAGAGUCGUCACCUUCUACCCAGGUGCCGAGGGUGACCGCGGUAGGGAUGACGGCGACUUCCAUCCCCCAGCAACAGACACGUGCAGAAUCCACUUCAAGUCCUCCUGCUGUUGGCCCUACUUUAACGGAGAGGAAACUCGAUGCACAAGGAAUGCCUACAACAAACCAGUUCAUACACAUUCAGAAUAUAUCACAAAAGAAAGUUGAAGAGAGUUCAUCAGAAAUUGUUAUCCAGACUCUCCCUCACUAUUCCAUCCCUUGUCACUCCAGCUCCAAUGUGGUAGUGGAACCCAGCGGGCUCCUGGAGCUCAACAACUUCACCAGUCAGCGCCUCGACGACGAGGAGACGGCGAUGGAGCAAGAUGUGGACAGUAGCACUGAGGAUGGCACUGAGCCCAGCCCCUCUCGAAGUUCUGCUGAACAAUCCUAAGGAAUUGGGACACUGGAGUGCACUUUAAAAUAUCUUGGGAUUUUGAGUUAUCCAAGAUGCCCUUUGUAUUGUGAUGUCUUAGAGCACUUUGCCGAUUAGAGUUGUUCAUUGGACCCUUGAAGCAUCAGUGUGUUUUAACAAGACGGGAUUGCAAAAGCUGCAUCUUAAAAAUGGUUCCAAAAAGGAAAAAGAAAACAAAAA